UGCCCAAGCUCCUUACCUGGACCCAGAGGGCGACAUGCAGCUUCAGUGGUCUUUGGGGGAGCGCGAGACCGUCCCCAUCCACUACUCCGUCGUGAAGGCACCCUCCUACAACUAUUCCGUGACUGUACCCGGCGGCGCCAAAGUUUUUGCCAAGGUCAUGGUGACGGAAUACGACCUGCAUAUUGGCUACGUGGGCACUGCCAUGGUCACCACGGACAACGGCGGCCUGUGGAUGUUCACCUCCAACGGCUUGUACUCCGGCAAGGCCUUCGAGCUCGGAGAGGAGAACGAGGCGGUGAUAUGA